AUGCAUUUUCGAUGUCACAAACAAACCUCUCGUCUCGUUUUGCAGUUGCUCGUGUUCGGAAUAAUGACCGUGGCUUUGGCGUCGCCGUUACCAGGUUACAGUCAUCAUAACCACCAUGUCAUUCAUGUGCCUUACCAUGUGCACACGGUCCAUCAUCAUCACGUGAAAAAGAUACAUGUACCGGUACACCAUGUCGAAAAAGUACACGUUCCUGUUCCGGUUCCGGUGCAUCACGUCGAAAAAGUACCCUUUCCAGUACCGGUGCACCACGUAGAAAAGGUGCAUGUACCUGUUCCAGUUGUGGAAAAGGUGCCUGUACCAGUUCCUGUACAUGAAGAGAAGGGUGGUGAUUGGUGGUAGAAGGAGCGCGUCGUUUUUGAUUUGUCAUUGUUAUAGGUCUGUAUUUGUGUUA